AUGGCUGGCUGGCUGCAAAUGUUUGUUGCAAAACUCAUUCCAGGAGUGUGGCUCUGUCUGAUGCUGUUUAAGCCAAGUGUUCAAACCGGAGUGGUGGUAGGGCACAGGGAGCCCCUGCCUGACGACAGCAAGGACAACAUCACCAUAUUCACCAAGAUCCUGGACAGACUCCUGGACGGUUAUGACAACCGCCUUCGACCCGGACUCGGAGAAACGGUCACGGAGGUUGGAACCAAUAUUUACGUCACCAGUUUUGGCCCGGUGUCAGACACAGACAUGGAGUACACCAUUGAUGUUUUUUUCCGCCAGAGCUGGAGGGAUGAUAGAUUAAAAUUUGAUGGACCCAUGCAGAUCCUGCCACUGAACAACCUGUUAGCCAGUAAAAUAUGGACUCCAGACACGUUCUUCCACAACGGCAAGAAGUCGGUGGCGCACAACAUGACAACGCCUAACAAGCUACUGCGGCUAGUGGACAACGGCACUUUGCUCUACACCAUGAGACUAACUAUCCAUGCGGAGUGUCCCAUGCACCUGGAGGACUUUCCCAUGGACGCCCACGCCUGCCCCCUAAAAUUCGGGAGCUAUGCCUACACCAAUGACGAGGUGACGUACAUGUGGAACCGUGGUCACAUCAGCUCCGUGUCCGUGGCCCCCGAUGGUUCGCGGCUCAACCAAUACGACCUGCUGGGACACGUCAUAGGGGAUGACAUCAUCAGCUCCAGCACAGGCGAGUACGUUGUCAUGACAGCCCAUUUCCACUUGAAGAGGAAAAUAGGCUACUUUGUGAUCCAGACAUACCUGCCAUGCAUCAUGACCGUCAUCCUCUCGCAAGUCUCUUUCUGGCUCAACAGAGAGUCUGUUCCAGCACGAACUGUCUUCGGUGUGACCACCGUCUUGACCAUGACCACGCUGAGCAUCAGUGCCAGAAACUCGCUGCCCAAAGUGGCCUACGCCACCGCCAUGGACUGGUUCAUGGCCGUCUGCUACGCCUUUGUCUUCUCCGCGCUCAUCGAGUUCGCCACCGUCAACUACUUCACCAAGCGCAGCUGGGCCUGGGACGGGAAGAAGGAGGCCCAGGAGAUGAAAAGAAGAGAGUCAGCUUGCCUGUCCAAGAAGACAAACAACACCUACAACAUUGUGGGCACCACCUACACGCCGAUGAACAUGUCCAACGUGGCGAAGGAGCCGGUCCUGACCACCAUCGCCACGAGCGCCGUGCAGACGCCGCCGCACUCGGCAUCCACCGCUGUCCCGGCCAUCCGGCUGCCCAAGAUGGACGGCGAGUACGUGCCCGAGGGGGGCAUCAAGUCCUACAACCGCGUCAGCAAAGUGGACAAGAUCUCCAGAAUAAUCUUCCCCGUGCUCUUCUUCGUCUUCAACCUGGCCUACUGGGCCACCUACAUCAACAGGGCGCCGGUCAUCAUGAAGAGCAGCCACAAAUGA